AUGCAUUAUUGGUUCAUUGAAAAUCCGAAAUGGCUUCAACAAGUGGUACACCAGCGUCCAUGGAAUGUAAAUGUAUGGUGUGGAAUUCUCGGGGACCAGAUCAUUGGACCAUUUUUCAUUGAUGGUAUUUUGAAUGGUGAAAAGUAUGCGAAUUUUUUGACUGAGGAAUUACCUCACCUAUUGGAAGGAAUACCAUUAGCUCAAAGGAUUGAGAUGUGGUAUCAGCAUGAUGGAUGUCCGGCUCACAAUGCAAGAGUAGCCCGUGGAAUAUUGGAUGAAAAGUUUCCUCGACGUUGGAUUGGGCGAGGUGCAAACGUUGUAUGGCCUCCACAUUCACCUAAUCUGACUCCAUUGGUUUUUUUGUUAUGGGGAUUACUUAAGGACAUCAUUUAUGAACAUGUUCCAACAACGCCCGAAGAUAUGAGGAUGCGUAUUAGAACUGCAUGUUCUAAUAUCAGUCAGGAAACAAUAAGGAGGACAAGAGAAUCAUUUAUUGGCCGUAUACAAAAAUGUAUUGAAGUUGAUGGACAUCAUUUUGAGCAUUUGUUGAAAUAA